AGAAAAACCGCCUCGCUUCUCCCUCUCGUCAGUCUCACAUCCGCCGCGCCGCUCCGCUCCGCUUCCGGACCCGCCGCCGCGCCGACUCGCCACCGCGCCUUCGUGAACUCAAGUGAUGGGCUCUGAUGGAAGUAAAAGAUCAGUGGCUCCUCGAACUCUCAGUGUCAGAAAGUUUGCGGAAUCUAGAGCUGCUGAAGUUGAGAAUCUACACUCCAUCGUAGCCAACAGAUUGAGCAAUAAUUUUCGCUCUCGAAGGGAUAAGAGGAGGAGAACCACUGCCCAUGACAACCAACUGGCCAAUAGAAGGCAUAGGAAGAGGCGAAAGGAUUCACCGGUGGCUGGUGCUGAUCGCAAUCCUGCAGCUCCAGGCAAAGUUCCUCGACGAGUGCGGCGCAGAAAUGAGCUGAAACAAAAUCCCGAGAGUGGUUUCUGUACAUCUGGGGAUGGAACUAGGAGACUUAGAACUCAUGUUUGGCAUGCGAAGCGGUUUACUAUGACCAAGUUGUGGGGAUUUUACCUUCCUCUCGGUUUGCACGGCAGAGGGAGGGGUUCAAGAGCUCUUUUGAAGUGGUAUAAGCAAGGAGUAGUCAUCCAUGAUGCUAGUUACCAUUUUGCUGUCCAGUUCGAGGGUCCAGAGGAUUCUUUGAUUUCGGUGUUAGAUAGAGUACUAGUUCCUUCUCCAUCUGCUCAUCCAAUGGACAUGUCUCAUUCAAUUCUUUCUGGUGUUACAUAUGGAAGGGCUUUGCUUCAUCAUGUUGGAACACCUCUUUCCAAGCCAAUUGCUCCGGUUAUGUAUAUGUGGAGACAUUUGGACCAGCAUAAUACUGAAAAAGUUCAGCAGGAUUGCGCUAAUGGGGAAGGUGUACCUGAAAAUAUUGAUGACUCUGUUCCAUUUCGUCAGCUAUGGGUCUGGAUACAUGUGUCAGCCUUUACUGAGGGAUAUGCUGCUCUAAAGUGUGCAUGUCAAAAGGAGAUGGAUGAAGUGGGUAGUUUGAUCCGUUGCUCUUCGCUUGAGGGUCAUCUGGCAAAGUUGGAGAUUAUGGGAUCAGGUGCUUUUAAGCUUCUUCAGAAGAUUUUACAUCCGAUAAAACACGCUGUAGAAAGACCUUUUCAGUUGAAGAAGCAUUCUUCUGUCGAGGCUAGUAUGGACGAAAAGAAGAUGGAAUGUGACUUGCUUCACAAUGAGGACGGUUUUCCUUCUCAUGCGAUUUUCUCUCUUAUGGUCAAGGACCCUCGGGAAUACAUGGAUGAAGAAAAUUUUAAUGAUUCAAAAAUGAUAGCUCUUAGUACAGUUGAUGAGGUUUUAUCACAUGUAACUGAAAAGCAGCCAUCUAUAACACAACCUGUGGACAAGGGAGGAGGUUUACUCCUAUUGUCACAGGCACAUCAUGGUCUGUGGGAUGCUGCUUCAGGACUAAGAACCCCAAUUGAAGAGAAUGUUCUUCACACGGAGAGGCACAAGAAGCGUAUGGAUUUCUUGUGCUUGGAUAAUUUUAAUUCAGGGAUGUCAAAUUCUUUAGAUAGUUUGCAGUCUUCAAGAUCCUGCCCUAUAAUGCUUCUAAGAAAUGGGAGCGCAGAUGACCGUCUCAAAGGGUGGUCAAUUGUACUCCCCUUGAGUUGGGUCAAGGCCUUCUGGAUUCCUCUUAUUUCCAAGGGGGCUCAUGCAGUAGGUUUGAGGGAGAAGCACUGGAUUGCAAACAAUGCUUACCUGCCCUACUUUCCAUGGGAUUAUCCUGAUUGCAAUGCGUAUACAUCCCUUAUGGCAAUCGAAGCUGCUGCUUCUCAUUCAAAAGCAGAUCGCCGUCCUCCUGCAGUCAGAGCUCUAAAAGUUCCCAUUCCACCACCAUGGAGUACUAUUUGCUCUUUUGACAAAGCAUUUACUGCUGGGGUAAAUACUCUGAUCUCCAGUGAAAGAAGCACAAGCAACAGCAGUUCUCCAUCAAACUUGACAAAUAGUAGCUCAGGCGUGACAUCAUCCAGACUCCGAGAUCAUAUGUGUGGUUUUAGGGGUUCUGUAGUCAGGACAAACAAGGAGCUGACCUGCUUCCUUGAAGAUAACUAUGGUGGUCAUUCAUUUUUAUUUCCUUACAAUAUGGUGAGAGAUAGGAGUUUCUUGAAGGCUUUGAAGGACCAGAGCAAUGUUGGCGGAUUGGCAAAUGGGAUCUCUCGAGUCAUGGCUCGUCAUGACUUAUGUUUCCUAAGGGUGAUACUGCAUGCUUUAAAGGAAGGUUUCUUCGAAGAAGGAGCAAUUGUAUGUGCACCUCAUUUCACUGAUAUAUCAUCAAGGGAUUUGAGGCUAGAAAACAAUGAAAUUGGUCUACAAAUGCCACAAUCAGCUGCAGCAUCAUACUUCAAAGAGGUUCGUCCUGGGGAAUGGGAAAUCCAAGUGCCAGAGGACCCAAUUGCUAGGGAGAGUCACCGUUGGCCUAUUGGAUUUGUCACAACGGGAUUCGUUCGGGGCAGCGAGAAGCCAACAGCAGAAGCUUUUUGUGAGGUAAACUAUCUAGCACAUCUUAGAGAGGAGCAGUGGACCGAGAUGUCCGUGGAACGGAGGAAAAAGGAGAUAUAUGUUUUAGUCAGGAAUAUGAGGUCUUCAGCAUAUAGACUUGCUCUAGCCACUAUCGUACUGGAACAGCAGGAAGAUGAUUUGGAAUUCAUGUAAGAUGGUUGUCUCCUGUUUAUACCUGAUGACACUGGAUGAGCUGGUUCAUGCUUGUCCGAGUCAUCAAUGAAGCGAAGCAGUUUGGUGCCUCUCAGUGCCGGUGUGGCAGAUGUCGCCCCAAAUCAGUACAGUUCCAGCCACAUCAGCUGAGCCACCGCUUUCACGGAAUGUCUCUCAGGUUCGUUCACCUGUCUUUGCGACAGAUUGUUGCCAGCCCGACAUGGUGUUGAAAUGAGGCAGCGAAGGUUGCCAUUUGUGAUCUGCUGCUGCUAAAUGUCCCUCAAAAUCCCAAUUGGAAUGUUUUUUCUCCAAGAACUCGCUUCUCAACUGGGUUUGCAAGUUUCUGAAGUCAAGUCAACAAAUUUCUAUGUACUCAGCUGAUCGAGAUUAAUUAUCUCAUUUGAUGUUAUGCUGCAAACCGGACUUGGUUUACAGCUAGUGUGCAUCUGCGACCCUCUCUUCAUAUAGGGUCCAUCAGAGGCCUUCGCUGGUUGGCAAGUACGAGCAUGUCAACUUCGCUCAAUCUAAGGCCCCUGCACCUUCUAAAGGUAAACCUAGCGCUUUGGGCAUCUGUUCUCAUGUUUAUAUGAAGCACACGUACUUUCCAUUUGUCUGUUAAAAGACGUACAUGUUGGACACGCUUCAGCUCUCUGUUCGGAGAAUCAUGGGGGUUUUAUGAUCGCCAUAUACGGGCUAGGCUUACAAAGAGAUUAUGGAGAGGAAAAAGAAAAUCUAAAACGAGUACUUGACUGUACUCACCCUUGAGAAGUUCAAGAACCAUUCUGUUUAGCAAUCUUGUAAAUUUGCCUAAGUAUGCGAAAAAGGUGCUGCUUCUGCAGUUAUUGGACUAACUUUAUUUGGUACCUUAUAGAAGGUCAAUAGACGUGUCUGAUCUAUACUCAUGGAGUUGACUCUCUUUCAAUAGUGGGAACUCAUGCCUCAGUUUUCGA